CGAAAUAGUAUAAAACAAAAAAAGACAAAAUUUGACAGUGACAGCGUCCUAACGAAAAAUACUAAAAAUUAUUUGUGAUUUUUUUGUAAAUACAUGGUGGUGGUUUGUUAAUGGUUAAUGGAAGGCUAUGGUUACCCAUAUCCCCCGCCGUUCCCGCCGAUGCGACCCCCGGAGGCAGAGUACCCUGAUCAUGGAGAUGGCUUUGGCGAGUAUUAUGGACUUGGUCCCCUGAAUGAAGAUCGCGAGAGAGGCAGGCGGAGCAGAUCGAAACAACGAAAGCGCAAAUCCCGGGAUUCAAAACGAUCACGGAGCGGUAGUUUGCGAGUGAGGUCUAGAUCGCGGUCAAAAUCUCGCACCAGGUCUCGAUCAAAGUCACGGACACGAUCUAGAUUGAGAUCCAGAUCCAGAUCCAGGACCAGGUCUAGGACUAGAAGUUGCAGUCGCAGUCGCAGAAGCAGUCAAAGUCACAGCGGUUCCGGAACACGACAACGAGAACUGAAUUACAAAGAACCUGGAUUUCUUGAUGCAUUCAGAGUUCUAUAUCUUUCGCCGAGUAAACACAAGAAGAAUCCAUCAAAAUAUUUAGCGACGAAAAAGCGUCACGAUCGCAUUCAAGAGAUCUUGAAGAGCGAUGGUCUUGGCUCUAAGAGGUGGAUGUUCUAUCCGAGAGUGAAGAACCAGAGUGAGCCAGCCAUCGGUGGUACCGUCGCAGGGACCAGGGAUAACGUUGAUCAGAGAGUUAAGGUCGAUGCCGACUUCUUUAGGAAAUACAAGAGAAGCAAGAAGAUAGACAACGACGCUCCCAUAGCGAAGCUCAAGCGGUGGGAACUGAUAUUUUAUAAGAAGCUGGGCUUUAUACAAGCCGUCUGACUUUGUUUUUUAGCACUUUUAGUUCAAUAUAUUUAGUUUUUCGUUCA